AGCCUAAAUUCCUAUAGUUCCUAGUAUUUAAUUAAGUAAUGUAGCAUUAUAUUUUUUACCUUUGAGUAGGAUUCCUUAAAAACACUAAGGGCACCCAGUGGAUGAAAUCAUAGGAACAUGAAUAAACCAUCACCACAGUUUAGAAAAACUAAGAGACAGGCAGAAUGAAAGAACCUGUCAUCUGCCCUUCCUUAGACCCCAGCUCCUCUCCAAAUAGCACAGGUGAAAGGAUGGGAUCUUUUGGGCAUGGAGGAACGAUCAUCAACCCAGGAGUAUUCAGAGAGUGGGUACUUCUUCACUUGGAGGCAGAGCAUGUGCCUUUGUAUAUGUGACAUCUGUGUGCUCCCCCAGAUAAUCAAAGGUAGGACUAGAGACAGAUUAAGGAAACUGAGUUGUGAAGAUUUACAUGGCGUGUUGGAAAAGUGCCCCCUGCUCAGAUGUCUGGUUAUGGUCAGCGAAGAGAAGGUGAGGCAGUUUGCAAGCCAGCACUGGAUUUUACUGGUAUGUGAUAUGUUUAUUUGGGGGGAAAGCUGGACGUUAGGAAGUAGUAGGAGUAGAAAUCAGCUGGCUUUUCUGAAGCCUCCUUUAUUUCCUAUGUGCAUUUUAGCCAAAGGGAUUUGCCAUAACUAUCUCCAAUAAAUCCUUGUUACAAACUGAGUUGCCAAAUAUUUCUCAUCGUCCUCUCCUUGUUUAGGGUCAAGAAAAGCAUCAAGAAUGAAAGCAUUCAGUAUCUUAUUUGGUUAAUCAGUUUACCCCUUCAUCGGGUCAAAGUGGAUUUUGUGGAAACUUCACACAUUGUUGAUAGACUAAAAUGGAAAACUUACCAACCAGGAAACCCUGGUUGUGAGUGUACCAUUUUCUAGCUCUGUGGUGAGCCGUUUGAUGUAAGAGUUGACUCCAUAAUCUACAUCUGCCCUAAUGCUGUCAUCCGGAGUAGAGACUCAGCCAGUUCCACUUGAUUCCUCCAUGUCUGCCGUGGUACAGGAAUUAUAUUCGGAACUCCCAGUAAGUGUCUCCAAAGAGCUUCAUGCUGACCCUGAGCCAAGUGUGAUUCCAGAUGUAAAACCUGGAGCCUCAAGCUCUCUUGUAAGUCAGAGUAGGGCAGUGCCCUUGGAGCUGCAGAGGACUCAUACGGAAAGUUGUGAAGAAACCUUUGAGACCUUGGAUCAUGGGGGAGAGCCUGGGCGGUGUGGGCUGGUGGACUCCACAGCAGGAGAUUCUGUGGCUUCUGGGAUCUUGGAUAGGGAAGAGAAAACCAAGAGCAUGGAGCUAAAGGUCUUCAGAGAUCGAGGGGACCAGGUGGAAAUUUUAAAAGACCCUUGUGAGGGAGCAAAGGAAGACCCUUGUCAACAUUCCACAGCCACUGAAGAAAAGAUCAGCCCAAGUCAGAAGGAUCUCCGGAUGCCAUCGCGUAAAGAACUCUUCUGCAUGGACCUCCCUGAGGAUUGUCUGAGGAGCAAAGAAGGAAAUGUACAAAUUACAACCGAAACUCUGCUAAAAUCUACUGAAGAAGUUCAAGGUAUGAAGGUCAAUGGGACUAAGACGGAUAAUAAUGAAGGACACAAGAAUAGCAAUGUGAGUAAAGGUCUCACAGCUGGGUACAGCAAUUACCCAGAAGUAGACAAAAUCAUGACCAGUGGUGAGGUUUCAGAAACCAGCACGUUAGUUUCCCUAGAACCUUUAAACUUUGUGGACCCUGGAUUAACAGAAGCAACUCCUAAAGAAAAAGAAUGUGAAGAAUUAAAAACUUGUUCUUCUUGGUUGUCAUUAUUACCAGGGAACAGUGCCAUUUGCAAAGUGGACAAUGGAGAGGAAGAAUUGUGUAAGUUAAGCCUUGUCUGUGAAGCAGAUGACAAUCACCAACAGAUUCUUAACCACCAUAAUGAAAAACAUGGUUCUGCAUGUGGCAGUCCCAACCCCCUGAGAAAUGUAGUUGUUGUAGAACCCUUAGAAAGAAAUUCUGAAAUUUCAUAUUUUAAAUCAAGUUUGUGUGGAUCAGAAUCCAGAACAGCAUCCUUAGAAAAAUGUAAUUUUGAAGGUGAUGGCUUGCUAAAGAGAUCUGCUGAAAAGACAGAGAAUUCCUGCUUUGAUGGGGAUGAUCAAAGCAAGAACUUGGCUUCUAGAGAAGAAAAGGAAGAACGGAUUUUGAACCCCAGGAGUAAAAGGGGGGAAUUCUUUCUUGUUAAUACCAGGCAACCAGAAGAGGAUGCCAGUGAUCAUUGCUCUGGAGAAAAAAAGACUGUUGCCUCCUCAAAAGAAAAUAUCCACAGUAACUAUUGCAUUGAAGGCAGUGUCGAUACAGACAGUUCUAGUUCUUUAAUGCCCAGUUCUUUUACCGAAGCCACAGAAGAAAUGUUAAAAAAAAAAGAUUUCAAAAUCACUUCAGACAUUCAAGGUAGCUUAACAAACCCUGAGGACCAUAGAGAAAUUUUUACUAAUAUGAGCCAUCCAGGCAGAUACUCUGAAGAAAGCAGUUUUUCCUCCUUGAUGCAAAUCGAAGACCCAGAGCAGACCGCCACAAUGGAGCCCAGUAUGUUAAGUGAAAAGAUUUACAGUACAAACCCUAACUUUUUAGUCAGCACUCAGAGAACUCUGGAAGGCAACACCCAGUUAAAUGAAGCAUCAUGCAGUGACUUGACGAUUGAAAAAAAAUCCCUUGUGAGUUUAAUGCCAGGGGAUCAGAUAAGGCCUGUAAAUGAGGAAUCAAAACCCAAGAAAGAUACUGCUCCGUUAUCACCAUCCCUAGAACUGGAUUGCAGACCUGAGUCAGAAAAAGCUGUACAGAACUCACAGGACACUAUGCCACAGUUAGAUGAACAGUGCAUUGCCUGUGAGAUGAAUGAACUUCCUUGUAUUGAUGAACUGGUUCUUAACAAAAUAAAAAGUGAAUGUGUUUUAAAUCAAGUGUCCCUUAAUUCACAAGACCAUAUGAAGUUGCCAACUGACAAAGAGAUGCCUUUAGCAACAAGCAAGGAUUCCCAACAGAGCUAUCACCCUCCAUUAGAGGAUGGAGCCAGGGUCAUUGCUGAUACCCAAACCAUCCCCAUGCAGACAAAAAUGAAAGACAGCUCUCCACCAGGUGACAAAACCUGUGGUGCCUCUUCAAACAAUCCCACCUUAAAUAUCAAACCAGGAAGCCUAGAAAGAGAAUAUAAAAUGGCUGAUUCAGGACCAGAUCUCUCACGUAGGAAAGAAGUAGUAGUCUUGCUUCCAGAGCUGUCUGUCAUGGAACGUCAGAGUGUUCAAUCUCAGAAUCUCUCAAGCUGCCACUGUGUAGGGGAAAAUGCAACAGAAGAGAAUGUGUGUUCCAUGUGUGCUGCUUGUAAGUCUAGCAGAGUCAUAUUGGAAGUUGAAAACUACUUGAUAACCAAGAAUAAAAAUGCAUUUCCGCACAGCGAUCACCACUCCCCAGGAAGAGAAGACUCCGUGGAAAGUAGCACCCAUAAAGUGAAUUAUAUAUCAGAGGAAAGUGAACUUAAUGGAAGAGAAACUAAAGGCAGCCUUCCUGGAGAUAUGAUCAGAAAUAAACGGACAGCAGGUAUGUUAAAUUGUGAAGCUUUAAACAAAACCAUUCACACCACCAGUCACAUCCAACCCAGUGAGGAAGGGCUAGAAUUAAAGGAACAGGAUAUACCCAAAGAGACUGUGUUUUGUAAAUAUAAUGUCUCUGAUUGUGCCACACAAGAACAAAGCCAAUCUGUAAACAUUCCAAAUCCUGAAAAACUGCUGGAGCAGUCUCUUACUGCUAAGAUCUCCAGUUUUAAAAACAUGAACCAAGCAGUUAAUACUCUUAAUCAGAAGACAUAUGAAGUCUUUGACUGCCAGAAGAACCCAAACAGACCAAAUGAGUGUAGAAGUGAAGAUAAACCAGCUAAGGAGCCACUAGAUGGUGAACAGAGAGAGACCAUCACAGAGUCUAACACAGAGGUAAGCCACAACCAAACAGAUCUGCCAUUCAGUUCAGGCAAUCUGAAGAAAGGAUAUUUGAAAGGAGGCUUUGAAAGGAUUUCUAGUUGUAAGGAGUCAACAGAUAGCAUGGUAGACAUUGUCUAUACAGAUUGUAGUAAUAAACCUACAGAAGGCAUACUGGACGUAAGCACAUCUAGCAUACUUGAUGGUGGUACACGGCAAGGUGGAUGGGCAUUAAUUGAAACCUCAAAGAAUAGCCUCUCUCAGAGAGGAGACUUGAAUGCUGCAUUUUUAGGAAAGAUUGACCAGGAUUCAGAUUUCCCAUAUGCUACUUCCUCUGCAAUGGAAUCUCUUAAAAUUAAAGAAUCAUGUGAAGAAAAAGUCUGCAGAUCAUUAAAAGAUUGUAAAAUGAAAGUAUGUCCAGACUCUUGUGCCAAUGAGAUAGAAUCUAUUGCAGAUCAUGAACCAAAUAUAAGAAUAUUGGAUAGAGUAAAUGUGUCUUUAAAUCAUAUUCAUCAUGAACAACAAGUUAAAGAAGCAUCUCUGAGAGAAACACUAGGAAUAAAUGGAAGAUCAAGACUAGAAACACAUUCUGAGUUUGAUGAGGAAAAUACCUUUGGAAUUUCCUCAAAAGAGUUGAUGUCUUCUAGACACCAAGAUGAGAACUCUGUUCCUCCAGAGAGCCUGAGAUCCACUGAGAUAAUGCCUUUUUAUCUUUCUUCUCAAGAAAAUUCAGAAGCUAAUAUUAAUAGUGAAGAAACUGACCUGAAAAAUAUUUUUAAACCAAAAGAUGGUGAAAUGCUUUGUGAAAAUGUAGAGGACUGCACAGUCCUGCCUAAGAUGCAGGAAGGAGCACCAAGGGCUAUGAGUAAUCCCAGUGAAGGAGGCAGCAAUGACAUCAGUGUGAAAAUUUUGCCUUUGAUGAUGGAAACAGAAACUAAAGUGAUAGGAGAAGAAGCCAAAGAACAUCAGAGGGGACCACCGGAUCACUUAACUGUUGGGGACAAGUCUGAGGAGAAGAUCACCAGAGAAGAUAGUCAUGGUGAUAAUGUGAGUGAGAUUUCUCAGACACACUUUAAAUCCCUGAGGAUGUGUGGUGGUUCUGAAGAACAACAAAGCCAGAGGGAUUUGGACUACAUGUUACAGAAGGAAGAGGAAUAUAUACAUCAAAAAGAAGCACAUACGAUAUUGGAACAAUGCACAUCAUCUAAUGUGUUGUCAGACGAUGUGCAAAAUAAAAACCAACCUAAGGAUUGCAAAUAUGAGUACACCAGGAUGAAAGAAAUCACCCCAGCAAAGCUGGCCAAGGGUGAUAUUACUGCAUGGUUUCAGAAGUCGAAAGACCUAAAGGAGGAAAACUUAUGUCAUCCAUUAAAACAGGACACUGAGUUGUGCAUAGAUCCUUGCCUUCGUGGUGCCUCCCAGAAAGCACAAGGCCCCGACUCUGCUAGUUGUGAUGAAAUAUAUGGUGCCUUUGGGAACACUUCACAUCAGAAAGGAGUGCUUCCUUUAAAGAAGCAGCCUCAUCGGACAUGUAAGAAAGUUUCCUGUCAGGAGCAAGUCAAUGUGGGGAGAAAAAUAAGUAAAAUCAGAAAUUCUGCCUUUUUAAAGAGUUCCUCUGAAACCAUCUCCACAAAAGCACACCGAUUUCUCAGUUCAUGUGCUAUGUCUGCACCCACACGACUGGAACCCAAAACAGUACCCACCAGGAGCUUAGUUAGCCACAUACCAAAGCAGAAUGCUACUCCAUGCCAUCUCUUAAGGAGCCUGAAUGUCAGGAAGCCUACCAAAGAAUCAGCCUUACUCAACAAGCUAUCCAUCCUUGCCUCCAGGUUGGCCCCAGCCACAAAGACCCAGAAACUAAGGUAUCGGCGGUGUUCCUCUGAACUACUUCCAGUGGCUAAAAGCUACAAACGGCUCAGAUAUAAAAGGCUCCUGGAUGGAUUUUCAUACAAUACGAUGCAGCUGAGUCCAUAUUUGACAGCUAGUGAAUGGGAUAAGAGGCCUAACAAUAAACCCUUGACAUUUUAUCCGCUCGAAGCCAUCAAAAUGAGCUUCGUAGAUUUAAGCAACAAGAUGCCGCUGCUCCUGUUGGACUCUGAAAUCUUCCCAGUAUCCUUUCAUGUGAAAUCAGGUUCCGAGUGCAUGACUGAGUCCCCAAGGACUUUUCCUGAGCACUGUGCUCCAGCAAGGCUUGCCUUAGGGGAGGCCACCCAGUGCCCUUCUCAACCUCCCAAGUGGACCUUUUCUUUCUUCUUGUCCCAUGGUUGCCCUGGGAUGGCCACAUUCAGGGAAGACACUGGCCUCCACAGUCAGGCACAUGCCCAGGCUCUUCCACAGCCUCCAGUUCCUCUCCAAGACUGCGGAGGCACUGCCAUAGUCCAGACAAGAGCAGGCUGCUCUGUCCUUGGCCUUCACACUCUCCUAGCACUUUGUUCCCCUGGAUGUUACCGAAUCUGGACAAAAAAACGGAACUUUUCCAGUCACAUGCCUACUAUGCAGAGGCUCUUCAUGACUCAGUUUACCCAGGGCUUGAAAGGGUUAAGGUCUCCAGCCUCCAUAGCAGACAAGAUCUUCUGUUCUCUACCCUAUUCGGUGGGCCGAGUGCUAUCUGUUUGGAGCCAGCAUGGGCCUUCUGCCUGCCCCUUCGAAAUCUCUGCUCUUCAUUCCACUCACAGCAAGCGACAACCAACUCUCGACACCAGAAGCAGCCACACCAUGUUACCAUACGUGCCUCUUCCAGGCCUGGAAGCUACUUACAACACCAGCGGCAGCCAGAUGAAGCUAGAGCCUCCAUUCCCUGCCUUGGUACCAAAGUCUUGCUUGGUAACAGACUCAGCUGUCAGCAAGCUCCUGCUUUCAGCCUCUGAGUUCCAGGUUCCUGGAUUAGAUGAACUAGAUGGUGUGACAGCAGUGUGCCCCUGUCCACAAAGUAGCCCUCCAGAACAGAAAGAGGUUGAGCAGCCAGAGAAGAGGCCAAAGAAAGUCUCACAGAUUCGCAUCCGGAAAACCAUUCCUAAGCCAGACCCCAAUCUUACCCCUAUGGGCCUCCCUCGCCCCAAAAGGUUAAAGAAAAAGGAGUUCAGUUUAGAAGAAAUAUACACCAACAAGAAUUAUAAGUCUCCCCCUGCAAACAGGUGUUUAGAGACCAUCUUUGAGGAACCUAAGGAGCGAAAUGGUACGCUAAUCUCAAUCAGCCAACAGAAGAGGAAGCGAGUCCUAGAAUUUCAGGAUUUUACAGUUCCACGAAAGAGGAGAGCUCGUGGAAAGGUCAAGGUGGCCGGCAGCUUCACCAGAGCACAGAAGGCGGCACUGCAGAGCCGAGAGCUGGAUGCCCUUUUGAUACAGAAACUAAUGGAACUGGAGACCUUUUUUGCCAAGGAAGAGGAACAGGAGCCAUCAUCUGAUUGUUGAGAAGCAGUUUGGUUUGAGAGUCUCAAAAUUUGAUGUUCCAGACCUCCUUGGAAGAGGUUGCCUAAUUUUGCCCAAUGCCCAAACCACUCAAAAUGCAGUCCAUGGAUUUUUACUUGUUCCAAGGUGCAGCCUUUUUAGAAACUGGUGAAGGGGAGGGUCCUCUACUUUUACUGCUGAGUAUAGAACCUCAGGAAUGCUCCCUUUCUCCUGGAAGUGGUCCUGAAUGACAUCUGGCCUCCUGCCACACUCUGCCAUCCAUAGGAGGAAGACGCAGCAUACCUUCAGUAACACUAGGAUUCCAAGGACUCAAAGCAUUUGCACGUCCAUGUGAAAGUUCCACGUUGUUUACGGUGGUGCUAGACCAAGAUUAUUUAGAGAUGUUGCGUAGGGAGGGGGACCUGGCAUCCCAUCCUUUGUGGUAUCUCUGGCUCAUCUCAGUAGUUGAGGAAAGAUGAGCCUGUGGUGUUUUCUAAUCCUUUGAGUCCACCUGCCCAGAUCCUGGUGUGUGUGUGUGUGUGUGUGUGUGUGUGUGUGUGUUCCCAUCAUUUUUUUCUCCCUUCUGUGACUGUGGGUCACUAGUGCCAGAGGAGCCCAUCCAGGCCCCAUUUGAAGUAAGUUGCACUUUUUAAUGUUGUGGUGUUAUUUUCAUUUGU